AUGUUAAGCAAAGAGGUAAAAAGAUAUCUUGGAGUUAGAAAGUACUCAACAAGCUCUUCAUCAUUUGACCCUACAAAGCUAAUAGGAUAAGUCUAUGAGCAAUACAAUGUAAACAUAAACCACAGAGAUUCAAUAUUAUAUGCUCUAAGUGUUGGAUUCAGCCAAGAUCCAAUGAACAUCUCCCAUUUUAGAUUCACUUAUGAGAAUGAUCAAAACUUCCAAAUAUUCCCAAGCAUGAGUGCAGCUCUAGCCCUACAUAAAUUUCCAAGCUUCCUAAAUCUACCAGGUUUCCCAUAGCAUGAUCCUUUCAAAAUCCUACAUGGAGAAGAGGAUGUUGAAAUUCUAAAGCCUAUAUAGAUAGAAAAUGGAGAUUAAUAUAAAGUUGUUGAAAAAAUAAUGGAUAUGUAAGAUAAAGGAAAGUUUACCUCGCUCAUUGUUGAGAAAAGUAUUCAAAAUCUGAGAUCAUAGGAAGUUCAUUCAAGAGUCAUUAGUACUUAUGUAAUGUUAGGAUUAACUGGCUACGGAUACAAAGGUUCAUACAAAUCACCAUCAUUCCCUAAAAAGCCUGAGAGAAAUCCUGAUCAUGAAUCAGAGGAGAGAACUAGUCCUAAUCAGGCUAUCUUAUACAGAUUGAACGGCGACUUGAAUCCAUUACAUAUUGAUCCUAGAAAAGCAGCCAUCUCUAAAUUUGACAGACCUAUUUUACACGGAUUGUGCACAUUUGGAAACUCAAGCAGAGUUGCCUAUGAUAAGUUUGUGAAUGAUGAUGCAACCAAAAUUUAGAGGAUUGUAUCUCGGUUUACUGCUCAUGUUUUCCCAGGAGAGACUCUGAAGGUAAGCCUAUGGAAAUAAGAUGACCACACGAUUUAUUAUGAAACUGAUGUCAAGGAAAGAGGUGUAACUGCCUUAAAAGGAUACAUGCUUUUGAAUUGA